UCUCAUCACUGAAAGUGGAUAAAGCUGUUUUACUCAAUGGACCAGUGUGUUGAAUUCUUCUCACUACUUUAAACAAAGGCAAGUUAUCACCAGUAGAUGAGUUUUGAGCUAAAGAGUCAUGGCAACAACUAUUGACCUGACUCAUGAUGGCACGGUUCUGGUGGCCAUGGAGUCGACAGCGUACGAUCCUCACCACAUUGCAUUACCAGAACUUUCUGGACUUUCUUCCAUCACUUCACAGAAUGAGUCUGUUGAUGGAUGUGAGCAGCAGCUUCGAGUUUUUCUCCGAGUUCGUCCUUUCAGUAAGGAGGAGCUCAACAACAAUGAGGACCAGGGUUGUGUAGUGUUUGAGAAUGCAGAGACAGCCACGCUUCAUGCCCCGAAAGGCUCUGCUACCAUGAAGUGCAGUGAAAAAGGCAUUGGACAACAGGUGCACAAGUUCACCUUCACCAAGAUUUUUGGGCCAGAGUCGACUCAAGCGGAGUUCUUCGAUGGAACAAUCAGGUCGCAAGUGCAGGACUUUCUGUAUGGCAAAAAUGCACUGGUGUUCAGCUAUGGAGUAACUAAUGCUGGGAAGACGCACACCAUACAAGGCUCCCCAAAAGACCCAGGUAUUUUGCCACGUGCCCUUGACACUGUUUUCAGGCACAUCAGUAGGCGGCUAUAUGAUCAGAUGGACCUGAGACCGUACUUGAACUCUGAUGUGCAGAAACUAGAUCCUGAUCAGAUCAGAAUGGAGAGAUCUGCCAAGACUGCACUCUUCAGUAUGUUGAAAGAGGACUCUGAGUCUUCCAGAACCAGCAGAAGUCGGAGCUCCUCUUCAUCUUCCAUCAACAGUCUCUCUUUUUCUGGAGUUUCUUAUGAUCAGACCGUGGACAGUGCAGAGGGAGUUGUCGACGAUGUGCAGUAUGUGUAUUCGCUGUGGGUUGCUUACUACGAGAUCUACAACGAGCAAGUGUAUGACCUGCUGCAGCCUGCACUAUCUAACAGGACGAAAAGACGUGCUGCACUGCGUGUGUGUGAGGACAGUGCUGGAAAUUCCUACGUUAGAGAUCUGAGGUGGGUUAAUAUACAGAGUGCAGAAGAGGCAUCUAAAGUUCUAAGAGUAGGGAAUAAGAAUCGCAGUGCUGCUGCCACCAAAAUGAACCAGUCCUCCAGCAGAAGCCAUAGCAUCUUUUCCAUUAAGCUUAUGCGCAUUGAUGGAUCUGAUGUCCAGGGAAUAUCAGAGCUUUCUCUGUGUGACUUGGCUGGUUCGGAGCGAUGCAACAAGACAAAAACAUUUGGGGAGCGUCUGAAGGAGGCUGGAAACAUUAAUAAUUCCUUGCUGAUCCUGGGAAAGUGCAUUGCUGGGCUCCGUAACAACCAAGGUGACAGGGUAAAGAAUAACUACAUUCCUUUUCGUGAAAGCAAGCUGACCCGUCUCUUCCAGGGAGUGUUUUGUGGUCGUGGAAGGGCCUCCAUGAUUGUGAACAUCAAUCAGUGUGCUUCAACUUAUGAUGAAACUCUCCAUGUCAUGAAAUUCUCUGCUGUGGCCAAAGAGGUGGUUCAGGUGAUUAAACCUCGCUCUCUGGAGUCUCUAGCACCACGCCUGCUUGGUCGAGAUGGAAAGCCUUUGCUGAACAAUGGGGUGCUUGACAGCCAGGCAGUGGAUGAGUACUUAUCAGAGGAGGAGCUGCUGGAUGGUGAUGAAGAGGCAGAUAUGUCGAUAUUACCACAGGAGGAACUGUUGAAUUUGGUCGAGAGUCUUCGAGCGAAACUAUUGGCUGAGCGCAAGAAAAAUCUGCUGCAGGAGAUUCAGAUCCGCAGAGAGAUGGGUGAUGCCAUGAUGCAGCAAAUCAUGGAGAUGGAAGAAUGCCACAGUCGACAGAUGGCAGAUUUGAAGGAGAGCUAUGAGGAGAAAAUGGACAGCACUUUUGAGAUGUAUAAAGAGGCGCUGAAGGAGCAUGCCUACCAGUGUGCUCUGGAACGGCUAGAAGAAGAAUACGUCCCGCUGGAUGAGUUCACCGCUGAGCAGGACCGAGCCAAGGAGCUCGAGAAGCAUGUGAAAGAAUUGGAACUGAAGCAACAGGGUUCUGCAUCAGUGUUUCAGCAGGAAAGCUCAACACAGACUGACCCCGUGAAACCAAGCACAGAGGAGACGGAUUCUGAGAGAUUCAAGCUUCUAUACAAGGAGAAAUGUGCUGUGGAACAGGUCUGUGCAGAAAAACAAGAGUUGAUCGUAUCACUUGAGAAACGGAUCCACGAGUUGAACGAGACUCUGCAGGAAGCAGGAGAGAGCUACAUGGAGAAACUAGAGGUGGUUAAAAGUUUACAGAAUAGGCUCAACUAUCAGGAGCAAGAAACUGAGCAUUUGCAGAGGGAGCUCACCGAACGGGCGCUGGAGCUACAUGGGUUAAAGGAGGAUCUGGCCAAGCUAACCCAUGAUUCUGUAGGACAAUCUCGUCCAAAGCGUGGACUGCUGGUCAACAUCAAAGAAACCAUGUCAUCCCCAUCCUCAGGAAAUCUCUGCCGCACAAUCAGAAAAUCUGUCCGCACUACAGCAUCAUUGAGGAAAAAGCCUAACUGAUCAAGUCUGUCUUUUUUUUUAACAGGU